CGCAAUCGCGGAAGGCACAACACGGCUACAAAAACCUGCGCGUCUGCGCAGACGGUGUCUUACUUUGAUACUUUGGCACGGCGAUUCAGUCGGCUUCUCGCGACCGUGUAGCGAAACUACCUGUAACUAGGCGUUUAAGUCCGGUGGCCUGGACACGUCGUAAUGCCAAAAUCCAAGGAAGUUCUGUCAGAUACGUCUGGCAGUGACUCGGAGGAGGAGGAACAAGGAAAGGCAAAAAGGAAGAAGCCUGCUCCAUCAGAGAAGCCUGCUAAGAAACAGAAGAGUGGGGAGAGUUCAAGGGCAGGUGGUUCUUCAAAAACUAGCAGUGACAGAGAUGACAACUUGUUCCAGAUUGGGAAGAUGAGAUACGUUAGUGUUCGUGAUUUCAAAGGCAAGGUACUGAUUGACAUUCGUGAGUACUGGAUUGACCAGCAGGGUGAGAUGAAGCCAGGCAAGAAAGGCAUCUCAUUGAAUCCAGAGCAGUGGAACCAGCUGAAGGAGCAAAUCCCUGAGAUUGAUGAUGCUGUGAGAAGAUUAUAAAAAGUUCAGAAGUGGAGUGGUUUUUUCUUUUCUUUUUUCUUUUUUUAAAUAGCUAUAUAAAUCAGACUUUUACACUGGCAUAAAGUGUUUUCUAAAGGACUUUUUAGGCAAGGUGUAUGCUUUUGUAUAUUUACAUUUCUGUUCAAUUUUUAUGAUUUCAACUUGCAGUGUUUAACAAGUAAUAUGUGUUCUUGGCUUGCUCAGGAAUUUGAGGGGAUGUGAGAUCGGGGUAAAGUUUGUAUUCAAUAAGUUAUAACAAAACUCCACUUAAUCUUCACUAAAGUUGUACAUAUUUUUUGAUGUAUGAAUUUUGUUUUAUGGUGCUGGCUGUCAAUAGUUACACUAGAAUUUAAGCCUUGCCAUACCUUAAACUAUUUCUUUGUGACCUUAUUUUACAGCUUGUUUUGACUGCUUUACAUUCCUGAUCGCUACCCUUCUGCAAGAGCAGUCACUGUGUGAUCCAAAAAUCUGAUUGUGCAGGAAAUGAAUGAGCUCUUCCAUUAUUCCAGCUUUAUAUACUGAAAAAUUUACCUCUAUUAUAGUUGUUUAAUCUGGAAAAUGUCAUCUGUGUCUAUUCUUGUACACUUUGUAAAUGCAUGUUCUGAUAUUAAAUGAGCCAAAUCUG